UUAAAGCUCUAUGCAAGGUUGUUUCGACGAAGCUUUGAUUUACAAAACAAAUUCUGGUGCCAAGGUUUAUUUAUUGGAGACGUGAAAAUAGCGUUCAGGUCGUAAAAUCUUGGUCAAUAUUGAAUGUGAGAUAUUUUUCUCUUCGUCGAGUCUUGCUAGGCGACGAACUGAGGGUUUAAAAAUGUUUAGCACGCGUGGUCCACGUGACGAUAUACAUUAUGGCGAUAUUAAUUAAACCAAGCUGCGAAGACUUCAACUUUUUUUUUUAAAGCCACAGUUCAUUACCAAGGCGAUUUAAGAUCGAAAAUACAUUAUUCGGAGACUAUUAAUAUAGCUCGAGAUCGAUGGCUAAAAUGAAAUCAAAAAACAUGAGUGUUCGAGCGGUCUUCACGUUGCUCGGAGGGCUUAUAGUGGGGUUCAGUGUUGCCCUAAUGCUACGACAUCAUCUUCUACCCAUGCCAACAAGACGUUGCCAUAUCAAUUUUAAAAGUGAUCUUCGACCUCGAAGUAUUUCUAAAGAGCUUGGAAACCGUAAACUCAUCUUCAUCGGAGUAAUGACUGCAGAGAAAUUUCUCAACACGCGAGCCAAGGCCGUCUACGAAACGUGGGGAAAGAAAGUCCCUGGGAGACUUGAAUUUUUUUCCAGCGUCGGCUCAAAAGAGAAUCCAAGUUUGCCGGUCGUCAGUCUCCAAGGCGUAGAUGAUUCUUAUCCGCCACAGAGGAAGUCAAUGAUGAUGUUAAAAUACAUGCACGAUCAUUAUAUUGAUCAUUAUGAAUGGUUCAUGAGGUCAGAUGAUGAUGUUUAUGUUCGAAGCGAUAAACUAGCAAAUUUCCUACUCUCUCUAAACAGUUCUGAAGACAUUUAUUUAGGGCAGGCUGGCACAGGAACUAAGGGCGAGAAAGGCCUAUUAGGCCUUGGUUAUGGAGAUAAUUUUUGUAUGGGAGGUCCGGGAGUUAUAAUGAGCCGUAGUGUCCUAAAGAAAGUAGUCCCUCACGUCGAAUAUUGCCUGAAAAACUUAGUCACAAACCACGAAGAUGUUGAAGUUGGACGGUGCAUCAAGAAAUUUGUUGGAGUCUCUUGUACCUGGUCUUUUGAGAUGCAAGCUAUAUUUUAUCAUAAUCAGAGUAGGAAUCAAGCAUUUCAUGGCAACCUUGACACCAAAUCAGUACGUAAAGCCAUCACUCUCCACCCUAUCAAGAACCCCCCAUACAUGUAUCGUCUACAUUCACAUUUUAUGAGCCUAGAUGUCCAAAAUCUACAACACAAGGCAGUUAAACUGCAACGAGGCCUUAGAAACAUGGACAUUUUGUUGAAUGCAAGUCGUGGUCCUUUAACUGAUGACCAGAAAGUCCGUCUACAAGAUAUAAAAGAUUUUCAUUCACAGCUACACCAUAACCACAUUUCAUCCUGGGACAUGUUUACAGCAACAAAGUUUUACUCUGAUGUGACACUUCAGCCUCCGGAGACAGGAAUGCGUGACCCACUGAAGGAAGGGCUCAACCACGUUCUUGGUCAGACAAUGGGUCUUAUUAACGAAGAGGCCCGUAAUGUCCUACACAGGAGUUUGGAAUUUAAAAAGUUGAAUCAUGGAUAUAUUAGGGUGCAUCCACUGUACGGGGCUCAGUAUAUGAUGGAUAUGUUGAUGAAGUAUCAUCGGCACUUGGGGCACAACCGCCGUCGCAUGACAGUCCAUGUCCGGCAUCAUGCAUAUCUGCAACAACCUUUUGGAAAUCUUGUUUAUCACUCUGAACCAGCUAUCGAGACUUUUCCCACUGUACAUUUCACUCUUCCACUGGCUGGACGCUACAACACUUUUGUUCGCUUCAUGGAAAACUUUGAGAAGGUUUGUCUCAAGUCGCAAGAGAAUGUCAAGCUUCUUGUGGUAUAUUUUCCAUCUAUAGAAGCUCCAAAUAAACACAAAACACUUAUAGAAAGAUAUCAGAAGCUCUACCCAGAGGCUGAGCUCCUUUGGAUAGAAGCAUUAGGAGACUUCUCAAGAGGACUGGGUCUGACACUGGGAGCAAAUCAGUUUGACAAAACAUCUUUGUUAUUUUUCUGUGACGUUGAUUUGUUGUUCGAUGGUGAAUUCCUUAACCGUUGCCGUGGUAACACGAAAUUAGGAAAACAAGUAUAUUACCCUAUGGUUUUCAGUCAGUUUGAUCCGAAUGCGACGUACCCCAAUCCACAAUCCAUCAACCAUUUUAAUUUGGGCAAAAAUGCUGGAUUUUGGAGAACUUAUGCUUUUGGUAUUGUAUGCAUGUACCAGAAUGAUCUCAACACAGUUGGUGGUUUUGACACCACGAUAAGAGGAUGGGGUCUYGAAGAUGUUGAACUUUAUGAGAAAUUCAUCAAACAUGAUGAAAUUGAUGUGUUUAGAGCUGCAGAUCCUGGACUCAUACACGUUUACCAUCCAGUGUUGUGUGACCCUCAUCUUGUUGACAGACAGUGGCAAAUGUGCCAGUCAUCCAAAGCAGCUGGCUUUGCUUCUCAGUCUACCACACUCAAGUUAUUAAUUUCCAAAGGUUUUGUUGAAAGUUAGGAGACUAAUGAAUGUAAUACUGAUUACUUAGGUAAUGAAGUUUUAUAUUUAUCUGUAAUAAUUUAUCAAUUUUGGAUAUUUAUUAAUUAAUACAUAUUUUUAGCUUGGAUGUAAUGUACAUGUUUUCCCAUUUCAGACCAUGUGUCAUUUCCUAGAGUAUCAUUUCUUUGUUUAAUGGUUGAGCACAAGAAAGCACAUAAACAUGGAUACGACUCAAGCAAUGUAUCCUAAAAAUGUUUCAUAUUUACGGAAAAAAAAACAAGUUUUGGAACUUUUCUCAGAGCUCACAAGAUGGGCUUGAAAAAAUGGUGAUGAUGAUGAUCAAAUUUUACCCUUGUUUUCUUAGUAAAACUUUUAAUUUUUCAUGGUUAAAAAAACAAUUUCCUCCAGUUUUCUGCCUUAUUUACCACUUUUUUGUCAUCUAGCCAUCAUUUCUUUGUCUAAUAGUUGUGCAGGAGAAGACAUUUUAAAUAUGUAUACAACUCAAACAAAGAAUCUUACUCUCAAGGGAUGACACUUGACCAGUCUGAAAUGGGAAAAAAUUAUGCCCAAGCUGGGGAGGUCUAUUCAGACACUGUACCAGGAUAAAAAUAAUGGCCAAUCAACAGACAAUGUCCAGCCAAAAUUAUCUUCUCUGGCCAAAUAUCUCUCAGGCCAGUCUUUGUCACUGGACACGCUGACUGGUCACAUGUUGGUGAUUGAGCAGCUGUUAUUCUUAUCUGUGAGCAUGUUCAUUUCUCUCAAUCAACAGUAGGUUAUUAUGAAAGCUAUAAAUCCAUACAUAAUUUCAUGAGUUGUUGAGAUUGUUGAUACAUGAAAAGAACUCUAUAGAAUUCAUAACAGUAUUUAUGUUUUGAUUGGGUAAAAAAUUAUAGCUUAAAUAAAAAUAAUUUGUGGAAGUAGGAUUUAGUUUUUAUUGACAAAAAAUAAAAAGU